CUUGUCAUAAAGACUAGCCUGCGUUAUAUAUCUCGCUUGGAUAUUUACCACCUCUGAGAUUCUGCUCGCUAUGAAACAUAUCUAGCCCAGAUCUUAUCUACUCUAUGCUAUAACUCUUAUUCGCACACCUGCAAUCAUGGUCACCUACUGUGAAAUAUAAAAGAACAUGUUACGAAGUUGAUAUAAUGAUUCUCCUUCAUUAAGAAGAUAAAUUUAAAUUAGUAACAUCUGGUUCUUGACAGUCAUUUCUACCUAGAAAACAGACAGGAUGCUGCAGAGGAAUUACCUUCAAAUUAUUUUUCUCUUCUACAUCUCAUUGACAUUUGGAAAUGGACUUGAAUAUCUGAAGUAUUUUAUAAAAGUACAACACUGUGAUCUGAAAGAUGGUAAAACAUUGAUGAGACUUGACGUGGAUAACUCCAGCUGUUCGAAGAGGUGUUUUGAAAUUUCUACAUGCAAAUCCUUCGUGAGUAGAGCGAUAAAUCCAAGCUGUAUUUUAUACGAAGAUGACACAUCAGAGAAGACACUAAUAAAAGCAAAUAAUACCUAUUUUUAUCAGUUAAGAAGAACUGUGCCGACCAAGUAUAGAGACGGAAAAUGUCCCGUGGAUUUCGUUUACAACGGUUAUCUUCCUUCUAACAAUGAUUUGGGUAUCACUUAUACUCAGAAUUAUACACAGUGUUUCAAAAAAUGUGAAGCGGAACCAAAAUGUCAGUCAUCCGAAUACUCCUUGGACACAACAGAAUGCCGAACGUCAGCUGCGAAUCAUACUACCAUGAAUUUGAAGUUCUGGGGAAGUGAACUUUACGCUGAUAUAGACAAAAAACUUUGGAAUGAUUUCAAACAGUCCCUUACAUUCGAGAAGAUUAACUCUGUAGGAUGUGGUUUAAGAAUUUUCCACUUUUAUUAUUUCGUUGACAUAAAAGAAGUUAGUAACUUGACUGCUUAUUCAACUUUUUCCUUCAAACAAAAUCCAUAUCACAACCUGAUAACCGAGGCUCAAAUGGAUGCUCACUCGGUUCUGGAUUGUUCACAUUUAUGUACGGUAUCUUCUUCAUGUAUCGCCUUUUCAUAUACUAACACUAAGUGCGUACUAAAGAAACUGAUCUGAAUUUUAUUGGAAUUCACCCCAAAAUUAUUUACUUCUCAAUGAAAUGUGAGCAAGACUCCAACGGGUCACGUUUGCUAAUAAUAAUUAUAUAAGAUAAAAUGUGUAUUUCC